AUGACCGAGGAGAACGGCAACUAUAUGCUACCAGAUCUCUGGGAAGAUACAGUAAAACCCGGGACUACUAUAAUGUUGAAUUUAGUGUCUACGGAUGAGGCCCAAAAUGCAGGCACAACCAUGGAACCGAGUCAGAAAGACCCGCCACAAGCUGACUACCCAACUAUGUUGUCUUCAAUAGUACUGGCAAGCGCAAACAAGUCUUACAAGACAAACCCAAACCAAGAGCAGUCAGACGCAAGAUGGGUUUCAGAACAAGGCCCAGAGCAUUGA